AGUUCAAGUGUGUUAAGUUCUACAGUUUUUACACGAUUAAUCUCUUAAUUUAUUACAUAUUGUAAAAUUCUCGAUCAACUAAUUUCUUACUUAUUCUCACUUAAGAUUGUAAGUAAAUACUACGCAUGUUAGAGAUUAAAAGAGUGGUUAAAAAACUUUGGAUAAAAAACACGAUGAAAAACUACUUCUCAUGCCUAAAAGAAAAGGGUUUUCUUUAUCCAAUUGAUUACUUAGUAUGUCUAGUUUCAAAAGAUUAUAUUACAAUUUUGUUGCUUAUUUCUUAAACUGUCAAGUUUGACUUUAAAAGCUCGGUAUCAAAUUUACUAAAAUUAGACAUCGGAUUCCAUGUUCUGUAUUCUUCUCACUUUUAGUCCGCAAAAUGACAACAACCCAACUGUGCUUGAGACAGUUAUCGUAAACUUUAUGAAACUUUAAAAAUAAAACAACAUCAUAAAAUUCCAUUGAAUAAAAACAAAAAGAAACCUAUUUCAAGAUAUUCAAACUUAACUGAUUAUUAAAACUGCUGCAAGGUCUGUGAAUUGAUUAAGAAAGCACUUCUACUAUCAAGAAAACAACUAGAGAUAUGGACGAGAAUAAUCUGUCGAACAACCUCUCUGACUUCUUCUGUGAGGCAAUUGAUCUGGACUAUAAUGUGUCGAAACUGCAAGCUCUACUGGAAGAAAAAAGUCUCACUCUUGAUACCGAAUGCUUACUGCAUAUGCUGCAGCAAUGUUUCUCCACGUGCCCAAUUGAGUCGCUCGACGAGCAAAUUUUCAGAAAAGUUCUCCCAAAAGCUCAACACUUUCUAUUACAGGUCGUAAAAACUAUAGAUGAUAUAACAAUGGGCAAUAAUGUGAGACCCGAUAAUCUGGGUGACAUCAAGUGCAAACUGCAAGUUUGCGACGGACUUCUUGCUUUUUGGAAGAAAUGCGUGGAACACGUUUCCACGCAUGGAAAAGUUCGAGCUGCCUGCGUAGCAUCGUUAUGCGACAUUCUACCGGAAACGAUGGGAAUAAUUUUUGAGCAUUGCAAAGCCAGCUCAAAAUAUGGAGCGCUAUUGAGCGGUGCAAUGCAAGAAUUGCGGAAUCUGUUUGCGAAGGCGGGCGCGGUCUUCAAGCUAUUCUUUGCCACUUUGAACGGCAUAAUCGUCUUCGACACGGACGUGGAAUCGGAAACGGAGCUGUUGACGAAAGUGGUUGAUGCGUAUGGUAACAUCGCUUCUAUUGCGAACGGAAUGGAUAGCAAGACGUUUGUUGAAUUAUCCGAGAUAUUUGCCAAACUGGCCAUUGUUUCCCAAAGCAAAAUAAAAUCAUACAACAUCUCGACGCAUUUAAUUCACAUGACGAAGGACAUAUCUUGCCUUUUGUCUACUGCUAAGGAGCAGAAUGAUAAGACCGCGGAACGAAAUGUGAUGGUUGCUAUGCGCUUACUGAGAAUCCUCGAGAAAUUAAUAUCGUCUUAUGGCGCAUCUAUCACGCGCGAAAUGAUGUCGGACUUUGUGGAACUUUUGGCACAAAUGCACGGAUACUCUUGCUUGAUAAAAGAUAACGAAAGAACAAUCUUGGCCGGCAGUACGUCUUUUUUAAAUGUUACCUUCAGUCGUGACGAUUUCCAACAGAUAUAUUUUGAAUAUGGAAGACGAAGUGCUCCACGUGAUCAAUAUGUGCACAGAUUAAAUUACCUUUUACUAACGAUCGCUAUCAUGAGGAAAUUGAAUGACAUGCCAUUUGAACACCACAGCAAGUGGUAUUUAGGCUCAGACUCGAUCUUGGACAUUGCAUUCAUAUACAUAAAACAUCUCGAAGAAGAAAUCUGCGCCGGAAAUCUACGACUGCCAGGCGUUCGCGGGGUUGAUGAAGGGCCGCGAUUUACUGGGAUUUACGAGGCAACUUUGAUAUCUAUUUGCAACUUGGUUUGUCAAAUUCGUCCGGAAGAUUUUCACGCACUUGAACUGCUUCUACUAAAGUAUUUAUUGUCAGGUCAUUUCUGGUGCUCUCUAUUAAGCUCGGACGUUUGGUGCUUUAUUGGCAGACUCGGUUCUUCACAAUUGUGCGCCGAUCAUGUUAAACACCUGAUUAAAGUUUCCGCCGCCUUGGUAGAACGACGCGACAGCAUAGAAGCGAUCAUACUAGACAACACGAUCGUCAGAUUGUACGAUUUGCUAAACGAAGAUGUGCAAUCCACUCUGCUCGACAACUUUAUCGAUCUGGAUAUGGAUCAUUAUGUCUCUAGUCUGCAUUUAUUAAUAGCAAAAGCCAAAUUUCUUUCAUCGGAACGAUUAAGGCGUAAAGUCGAAGAGUUACCAAAGGUUUUCUUAGACUUGCAGGAUCACCCUUCUAUUCAUAGUUGGAAGCGCCUUAUGCAGAUCGUGUCUGCGAUGAUAGCGGUGGAUUACAGUGAUAACAAGGAAACUAUUAAUGCUCUAACUAAAAUAUGGAGUUUCGUUGCGGAUGUGAUUAUUGAGUGCGACGGCAAACAAUUGGAUCUACUGACCGAUUUGGUUGUUACCUUGCUCGACGCUACUCAUCUCAAAAAUCUGAAUGAUGACAGUUUUUGUGCGAUUCUGACGUCUGUCGCAACUUCAUGUGUUCAUCUAUCGUCUCGAGGCAAAAUUAAAGUCUGCCAUUUUCUACAACAGAAUGUCGAGGAUCUCGGUCGUUGCGGAGUUCAAAGUGUCGUAUCUACUCUAAUCGAAUUGUUCAGUCGCUUACUAGAAGACGAGAAUCCUUGGGUACGACAAGAGGCUCUGGAGACCUUCGAGCAUGUGGGACAUGUAUGCCCAGAGCAAUUGAUCGCCGCAAUAGCAAAAGCUUUAGCAAAGAUACCCGGCAUCAGCAAUGUUAUGCAAGCCUACUUGUCUUCGAGACUAUAUCAUGUCUUCAAAGGCUUUACUAACAUGCAAGAUUAUCUUAAAUACUUGGCUAAAGCUGUUCAAGAUUAUAGCGAUGAGCACAGAUGCUACGAGUACAACGAAUCUGAGAGAAAAGAGAAGAUGCCAAAGUUGGAGGAGAAGAAAAGCUCGCCUGAAAUCAUUGCGCCGAAGUUAACACACUUGGAUGAACAAGCGGAAGAGUUCUACAAAGGAUUAACAAAGGUGUUAGAAAGUCAGGCUGUUAUCAGUGAAGCGAUUUGCAGGAGACUGAUAACCGUCCUCGAACAAAUUACUCGAAUUCAGGGAAACAAACAUUCGCGGAACUGAUAGUUUGUCUUUGCGAUAUAAAGGUGGACAAUAAUAAUUUAUCAGAUAAAGAUAAAGGAAUAGUUUGUCAAAAUGGUGGUGAAGUGAUUGCAAAGAAAACAAAACAUAUAGAAAGUAAAUAGAAAAAUAUGGAAAAAAGAUUAUCAAAUAAACAAAAAGUAGAAAAAAAAGUUUAAACGUUUAUAACAUUCUUUUGUGCCUUAAGAAAAACGGUGAUAACUAGAAUGUUUAUAACAUUCUUUUAUGCCUCUUCAGAAAAACAAUAAUAAAUAGAAAAAUUAAGAAAAGAUUAAGAAAUCAGGCAAAAAACAAGACAAGAAAGCUUCAAAAUUUUUUUAAUAUAGGUACAUACCAAAUAUUAAAAUCAAAUAUAAAUUAUUUUGUUCUUAUUGUAGUAUAUAAAAACUGUUCUUGUUAUUUUCUCGCACCAUUUUUUAUAAUAAAAGAGCCUAUUUUUAAUUAAAUAAAGUCCUUAUUUAAAAAAAUGUAGAUUAUGUAAUUUCAAACCCUUUCUAAUUUUACUGUUGUAUAAUGUAAAAAUUAGAACUUAACACGCAUUUUAGAGUAAUAUUUUUUGAGUCAUCUUUCUGAGAGAGGUCGAAUUUUAUCGAAUCUUUCCAAGCAACACAAAUAUUAAAAGAUGAUUUCUUACAAUGUUUUUGAGACACGUAUGUGGCAAAAGAAUUGACAUAGAUAAUCUUUUAUCUAUUUUUGACAAGAAAAAGA